AUGGAAGACUGCUCCUGCUUCCACUGCCUCGUGAGGGUGAUGUCGGCCUGCAAUAAUCCAGGCAAUGAGGUGCCCCUACCCUCCACACCACCGGGGUCACCUGCACCCUGGCAUCAGAUAGAGACGCCUUCUUGGGUGGAAUUGGGGACACCAGAGCCGAUGUCCCCACUCCGGUCGAUUGCCAAUCAAUAUCGGCCGGAUUCACCACCCUGGGCGAGGGUGCAGAGGCCUUCACCUCUACCGCCACCGCGAUCACCAACACCUCCGCCAUCAAAAUCGCCGACUCCACCCCCGACCAAUGAACAGCACAUUACCGAUGUUUUAAAACAAAAUGGUUCCCUCAUUGUCUACAGCGUUUUGACAGCUUAUUUCAAAAGGGUGCAAAAUGAAGAAGAGGUAGUUAUUCCAAUACCGUUUACAGCAAAAUCUAGCAGUAUUUUCCUAACAACCCCAUUGGAGGAAUGGUUUGAUGUAAUUAUGAAGCAGCCAAUUUUAAAAAAUGUUGAAGAGUUUUAUGCGAAACGAUCUAAUUAG